GUUACCUACUGUUGAUCUAGUUGAAUAGUUUACUCGUAUAUUGUUUAAGUACCGUUCUUAAAAUUUCCAAUAUUUAUUUCCCAUAAGCAUUUGCUCAUUUUGAGAAUUUUGUUAAUUUAGAAGGUAAACACAUAAAUAUUAUUCAUAAUGGCGAAGAUGGCAUUUCAACACCAGGCUGGAACAGCUAUGGAGUGUCUAAGUAUACCGAUAACUUUACAAAAAGAGGCUGGUGUUGACCCAGAUGGAAGAGAAGUAAUGAAAUGUGGUUUUAAAAUAGGAGGAGGCAUUGAUCAAGACUUUCGUAAGAGCCCCCAGGGAUAUACAGAUAACGGUAUUUAUGUAACUGAAGUUCAUGAAGGAAGUCCAGCAGCAAAAUCAGGUUUAAGAAUGCAUGAUAAAAUACUACAGUGCAAUGGUUAUGACUUUACAAUGGUAACUCACAAAAAAGCAGUUAGUUAUAUUAAGAAACACCCUAUUCUUAACUUGCUUGUGGCCAGAAAAGGAGUUACAUCUACAUAAUAUACGGCAUCUUACUUAUAAACAAAUCUGUGUAAAAAACUUUAAAUCGCUGUUUAUGAGUUUAUUAUUUUAUAAGGAAAUUUAUUUGACAUACAAUAAGCAAAUUAAAAAUUUAAGUGUGAAACAUACAGCUAAUUGGAAGUACCUACUAAGUUAGUAAAGUAUUAUAUUAUUAUGACCAUGAGUGAUUAUUAUACUGUUAUUUAUUUUUGUAUUUAAGAAUUUAGCUGUUAAGUUUUAAGCAGAUAUGGGUUUGCAGUCUGUCUCAAAAACCUUUCAUUGAAUUUAAGUAAUACAUUUUACGGUAUAUUUGUACAGCAUAAAACAGGCCUGGGGAGUUACCAUUAACAGUAGUUAAUAAUUUACACAAUGCAUUUACAUUAAACUGACAAAUUCAGUUAAGAGAUGCAAGUUAAGUUUUAUUAAAGAGGAUUGUUGCUACAUCAGAUAUAUUUAAAUAUGUAAUAUUGAUAAUAGCACCUUAUUAUUGAUAUUACAAGUCUUAAAGUGCAGUCUGUAAAGAAUGAUAAUUAUGUGCAUGGCACUUAAACUAUGAAGAUUUUGUGUUAUUUCUCAAAAUAUUUUCUGCUUUUUAAUUACAAUUGAAUUUAUUCUUAAAUAUUUCGUCAUAAUAUAAAACAAAUGUUUAGUGUUAUUAUUGGGAUUUUUUAUUAUUAUGAAUUGAUAUUUCUAUGUUAAGUGAUAAGAGUAUGAUAUAAUUAUUAAAAACAUUUGGAUGUUUUUGUA